GAAGGAUGACUACCAGGGUGACGGCGGGAAGGGUUACUUUCAGGUUGACGGCGAGAAGGAUGACUACCAGGGUAACGGCUGAUAGGGUUACUAUCGGGGUGACGGCAAAGAGGAUGACUACCAGGAUGACGGCGGAUAGGGCGACUGUCAGGUUGAUGAUGACUAGGAUAGUGACCAGGAGGACGAAAGGUGACGAUCAGGGUGACGACCAGCAGCAACAACGAGGAUGAUGUCGACCUACCAGGUUGAUAUCGACAAAGGAGACGAGCAGGGCGGUGACGGCCAGGAUAAUGACUAUGGUGACGUCCAUGAAGAAGAACAGCGUGGAGAAGACGACGACGACGAACUGGACGACUACCAGAGUCACUACCAGGGCAACUCCCAAACUGAUGACGACGACCAGGAUUACAACCAGGGCUGUCUGCGAUGUUCACCGGACUACUCUAAAUCGGGGUUGCAGUAUCUAGCCAGGUUCAUCGACCUUACCAAGACACAUUCAGUGUACCUCUUAACCUCUCCAGUGGACAAGAACUUCUAUACUGGACAAUAACUUGAAUGGACAUGAAACUUAUUUUCAGGAGAUGAGAACAUAACGAUUCAUCUCUUUGUCUAUUGGUAAUUUGCAAAGAAUUAUACAAAGACACUCUACUCUGUAUAAUAAUCGAGGAGGCUUGAUUUCAUUCCACCAGAAACCUGUAAAUUUAUCUGAUUAAAUCUUCCUUGGAAUCCUCAUUCAUCGAUGGACAUACUACGUACGAUGAUGCCUAAACAUAUUGCCGUCCGACUUUCUAUAUUCUGAAAGAAACACAAUCAUGUUUCAUCAGGUUUUCUCAUUUAGCAAGCAAGCAAGCAAGCAUUCUAAAUUGUCUCAUAAAUUUGCAAUCAUGGUUAUCUCCAAAUGAACACGGCUAUGUCUGCUUCGGAAGCAGAAUCUCCAGAUAUGUAAACGAUGGAAUAAAACAACAUUGAACUACUAAACUAUUCUCUCAAAUAUUAUUAACUAAAAGCAACACUAUCGAGAAUCACCUGUCAGAAUCGUGUACACAACUUACCAGAGAAAAAUGUUAACCUGACUGAUAUGAACCUGGCAAGAGGUUUGUUGAUGGGCCUGUGUCGGAGAAAAAGGGCUUGCAAGAGAAUUCGACCCUACAUAGCUGAUUCUAAGCAGGUUUUACUAUUCCGUCAAAUCGGACGGUCAUAAACUGAGGACAAUUCAACUGAGAAGUAUCUGAUGUCAGAAUCUUGAAGAGAACUAGCCUAUUCGGCCUGACUGAUUCGAACCUUGCAAGAGGUUUGUUGAUCGGACUGUGCCGGAAAACAUACAAGAUAAAGACAAACUUUAUGAUUGUUAUGAUACUCGAUCUACACAACGACCUAAGAUAUGGAAUAAUACCGGUGCUGAUCAUUUUGCAAAUGGAACAAUAUUGGAGA